AUGACGCGAUUCCCCGUCGGGCGCGCCGCUACCCUGCUGUCGAGCCGCCCCGUGCGGGCACCACCGCCGUCUGUUGCGUCUGGACGUGAGAAGCUCUAUCCGCGCCGCGAGGCGACAGUGGCGAACCACACCAUGGGCGCCUCCCUGCCGCGCUACCUCGACAUGAAGGUGCACCAGGCGGUCCUCGAGCAGCCCUACGACGAAAUCACCGUCGUUGGUGCCUACACGCGCACGCCCCCGUCCGCCGUCUUCCGCGGCGAGAAGCGCGACAAGCCCUUCAACUGGCAGCGCCCGACCGCCCGAGCCGCCGGCAACCACCUGUACAUCGAGUGCUUUCCGGGUUACGAUCACGUCGAGCACUAUGCCGAAAUCAUCGCGACCUACCUCGGCAUCCGCCAACGAGAGGGCGCCGGCUUGACCCCGCCCUCGAGGGUGUCCUUCCACCCCUUGUCGUGCUCCGAUACCCAGACUGCGCUGGAGGCCACUAACCUUGGCCACCUCCCCAGCGGGGUUGACACCGUGGUCCUCGGCCUCGUCCAUCGUCUGCAGCGGCUGACGGGCCCCGCCGCCGCCGAAGACUGGGACGAGAACGGCUGCUUCGACUGGACGGUGCGGCGCUUCAACGGCCGCAGCGUGGCCUUUGUCGGCUUCCGACCCGCCUUCUGGGGCGACAUUGCCGGCGAAGUGGUCCACUAUCUCGCGUCGCGACUGGGCGUCCGCGAGGUCCUCUACUUCGGCAAGCUCGGCAGCGUCAAAAAGGACGUCAGGCCAAACACUUGGCUGGCGACGGGGGGGGUGUCGCACGUCCGCGGCCAGCCCGUCGAGUGGGAAAACGCGCUCGACACCGCCGUCGCCCGCCUCGCCAGCGACUGUACGUUUGUGGGGAAUCACUUGACGGUGAGCAGCGUACUUCACGAGACCCGCGACUGGCUUGCCGCGCUGCCCGCCUCCGUUGAUUUUGUCGACCCCGAGAUAGGAAUGAUGGCGCAGGCGGCGGCGAGGAGCGGGAUCCGGUUCGGCUACCUCCACAUCAUCUCGGACAACGUGGCCGAAAAGUAUGAAGAAGACCUGUCCAACGAGAGGAUGCCAAACGUCCUGUCCCGGAGGUCGAGGCUCUUCGACGUGGUGCAGGAUGUAUUGGGGCACCAUCUUUCCACAAUACAUUGA